AGAGCCACCAAACACUUUUGUUUCUCCCCCUCUCUCGUUCUUCAAUCUUCCAUACAGAUUCGUGAUCUCCUGGCGCAUUUUAGCAAUAUUUCCGAUUCAAAUUCAAAUCGAUCAACCAUGUCUUACUAUUACGGCGGCUGCUCAGAUCACCAUCAUCAGGAACCCUACUUUCUUGAUGCAUGUUUUCUGUGCCGGAAACCACUUGGUUAUAACUCCGAUAUCUUCAUGUACAGAGGAAACACACCUUUUUGUAGCAAAGAGUGCAGACAAGAACAGAUAGAGAUAGAUGAGGCGAAGGAGAAGAGUUGGAAAAGAUCGUCUUCAUCAUCUAUCAGAAACAAAGAAUCAAAGAAUUCUUCCACUAAAACCAACAAAACUGUACGCACUGGAACAGUUGCUGUGGCUUAAGGAUAUAUAAGACUUUAACCAAUCAACCAACCACGGUUCGCCAGGAUAAUUUUUGUUUUUAAAUUUCCCACGUAAUAGUAAAACCAUUAUGAUCCAGACUUCGAUCUGAAAGUGAAUGGUGGAUUGAGUUUAAGUGGAUGAGAGACGAAGCAAAACCAACCCCAUCAUUUUGUUUCGUUUUUUUUCUUCUGGAUUAAAUGUUCGAUAAGAGGAAGCAACCGGAGCGUUCUUGUAAGGGAUGAUGAUCUGUGUAAUUUUUGUAAUGAAAUCGUGAUUUUCAACUUAGCAAUCACAAGAAUCUCAGUCUAAA